GCGAGAGCAAAGAGCGCGAGCCAGAGAGAGGGAGCCGAGCGAGGGAGAGAGCCAGACGCGCGCGGGGACCCACGGCCCCUGGACUUCCAUUGGGAAAAGUGAGAGGAGCCAGGGUCAGCGGGAGAAGGUGUUUCGAAUCUUUUCUUCGUCUUGUGCGAAAGAAGCGACUCGGGUCUCGUCCUCGGAGCUCCCACUGGAUGGUUCUUCGGCGCUGACACCCGUCGGUGGAUUUCUCUCCUCCUCGCGGUUCAUUCUGAGCCCCACCCUCGCCGCUUCCUUCCAGCCCUGCGCUCUCCAAUAGCCGCGCUCACCUCCCCAGGGCCCCUCCUGGGACGCGCAGGGGAAUUGGACCCGCGGGGACCCGCGCGCUCCCGGACUAGCGAGGGCAGGGCUGACCUGGGACGGCUGUCGGCGUGUACGGCAGAUCCACACACGUACGUGUGCAUUGGAUUCUGGUGGGCACGGGGGGCGUUGAGGGGCAGCCCGCCGCCCUCCGCCCCCACCCCCUCCAGCCGGAGGCGAGGAUUGCCGGACUCAGGAUAUUCCUCGGGCGCACUCGCUGUGCUCUCCGCAUUGGAUUCGGGACUGAUUGUCGCUGCUGGGCUAUUAUUAUUGCUGUUAUUGUUUUUACCCAAGGGAGAGAGACACAAAAACUGUGGGAUUUAUUUAACAUGAUCUUGGCAAACGCCUUCUGCAUCCUCUUCUUUUUAGACGAGACCCUCCGCUCUUUGGCCAGCCCUUCCUCCCUGCAGGGCCCCGAGCUUCACGGCUGGCGCCCCCCGGUGGACUGCGUCCGGGCCAAUGAGCUGUGUGCGGCAGAGUCCAAUUGCAGCUCCCGCUACCGCACGCUGCGCCAGUGCCUGGCCGGCCGCGACCGCAACACCAUGCUGGCCAACAAGGAGUGCCAGGCGGCCCUGGAGGUCCUGCAGGAGAGCCCGCUGUACGACUGCCGCUGCAAGCGGGGCAUGAAGAGGGAGCUGCAGUGCCUGCAGACCUACUGGAGCAUCCACCUGGGGCUGACAGAGGGCGAGGAGUUUUACGAAGCCUCACCCUACGAGCCGGUGACCUCCCGCCUCUCGGACAUCUUCAGGCUCGCUUCGAUCUUCUCAGGGACAGGGGCAGACCCCGCGGUCAGCGCCAAGAGCAACCACUGCCUGGAUGCGGCCAAGGCCUGCAACCUGAACGACAACUGCAAGAAGCUGCGCUCCUCCUACAUCUCCAUCUGCAACCGCGAGAUCUCACCCACCGAGCGCUGCAACCGCCGCAAGUGCCACAAGGCGCUGCGCCAGUUCUUCGACCGGGUGCCCAGCGAGUACACCUACCGCAUGCUCUUCUGCUCCUGCCAGGACCAGGCAUGUGCCGAGCGCCGCCGGCAGACCAUCCUGCCCAGCUGCUCCUACGAGGACAAGGAGAAGCCCAACUGCCUGGACCUGCGCAGCUUGUGCCGGACCGACCACCUGUGCCGGUCCCGGCUGGCCGACUUCCACGCCAAUUGUCGCGCCUCCUACCAGACGCUCACCAGCUGCCCUGCCGACAAUUACCAGGCGUGUCUGGGCUCCUAUGCUGGCAUGAUCGGGUUUGACAUAACGCCCAAUUACGUGGACUCCAGCCCCACCAGCAUUGUGGUGUCCCCCUGGUGCAGCUGUCGUGGGAGUGGGAACAUGGAAGAGGAGUGUGAGAAGUUCCUCAGAGACUUCACUGAGAACCCGUGCCUCCGGAAUGCCAUCCAGGCCUUUGGCAAUGGCACAGAUGUGAACUUGUCCCCUAAAAACCCAGCAGUCCAGGCCACGCAGGCCCCCAGGGUGGAGAAAAUGCCUUCUUUGCCAGAUGACCUCAGCGACAGCACCGGCCUUGGGACCAGUGUCAUCACCACGUGCACGUCUGUCCAGGAGCAGGGACUGAAGGCCAAUAACUCCAAAGAGUUAAGCAUGUGCUUCACAGAGCUCACGACUAAUAUCAUCCCAGGGAGUAACAAGGUGAUCAGACCUAACUCAGGGCCCUGCAGAGCCAGACCAUCGGCUGCCUUGACCGCUGUCUCUUUCUUGAUGCUGAAGCUGGCCUUGUAGGCUCUGGGAGCCUUGUUGGGAGAUUUCCAAGAGCUACAUGGAUGAGGACACCUGCCUGACAAAAUGGAAACACACACACAGACACACACACACACACACACACCCCUUUGCAAAAAAAAAAAAUUUUUUUUCCCAACUUGUCUCUGAACUUGUCUCUCCCAGGAUUCUUCUCUAGAGAAGAUUUUCUAAACCAAACAGACAAGCAGGCGGGCGGCCUGAAGCUAGCCAGGAGGUCCCCUGUCAAGGGACACCCAGCGCCAGGGAGGCACAAGGGUCUAGAAAUGCUCUUCACUGUCUCCUGGGGUUUUCCUCUCCACCCUGCUGAUAUAAGAGACCGAGGGGACAUCCUGCAGGCCAAGGGACUCUGGCUGUGGUGACGCGAGCUGGGAGCAGGACUCUGCGGCUGCUCUUCCCAAGCCACCCAUUCCAGGGACCUGUGGAGGGCUCGGCGGGUGGCGUCGGGUGGCAGAGCAGCAAGGCUGGGCCCUGGGGCCCGCUGGGCACGUUGUACCUCCGCUUGGCUUCAAGGAUGGAGUUUCUUUCACCCGGGUGGAGCAGGUCUCUCUCUGACCUGGGAGCCCCAGGGAUGCCUGCAGAGGGUGUGGCACUGGGGACCCCUGGCUGUAGCAGGGGGCUUGGGAACAAAGCCCGCCUGGAACAGUCUCUUGGGCACCGGGUUUCAUGCUUCCUCCUUGGUGGUAGGAAUUUUGAAAUCAAAGAGAAACGAUCGUUUGUUGGCUCUUCUGGUCCAUUUGGUGGGUCUCCCCGUGGGGAGAGGGGCCCACAGAGCGUGGUGGGGGCCUGCUGCCCCAUGCGUGGCCUCUGCAGCUCUCCCCCUUUCUUCCCUGUCCCCUUUCCCACCUUCUCUUCCCUCCUUUCCCAGACAAACGCCAACUGUAUGUACAUAACACGGCUCCUUUCUCUACAUAUAUGUAUAUUCACAUCCAUAUACAUAUAUCGUGUGGUUUCCCCCUUCUUUCCUUUUUUUAAGAAACAAAACUAUCGAAAAAAUACCCCAACAAAUGAGCGAAAAUGUAUUAUUGUAAAGUUUAUUUUUUUUAAUAAUGUUGUCUACAAUGGGAAAAAGGAGAUGCACCCCCUGUGUCUCUGCCCCAGUUGGGUUGACUGGGCCGCCGUGGGGGUUCCUGCCCCGCAUUCACACGUAGCCAAGGCUCCAAUAAAUGUACUAGGA